AUGCAACAAAUAGAACAAAUACAAGUACGAGGUGUUAUUGUUACACUAAUUCGAAGUACAAAUCGAUCUAUCUUUCUCACAAUUAAUAUGAUACAUUCUAUUAUUCAAUUUUAUCCAACUAAUAAUGGUUCUAGAUAUCCAUUUAUCAUAUUUCAUGAUGAAAAUUUUACUUCAGUCAUGCGUCAACAAAUAUUAUUAUGUGUUCUCAAAAACGACAAAACGAUAAAUAUUUCAUUUGAACUCAUUAAUUUUCAAACAACAGUACAACCAUCUGAUAAAUCACGAU